UGUGCCGGUUCAGCCGACGUGCUGCAACCUUCUUGUUAUGCUGUCAACAGCAUAUGCUGAUAAAUUUUUGAAUGUUUUCAGUUUGUUUAAUUCAUUAAAUGUCCAAUUUGGACGGGUCAUUAUCAAAAUAGCAUUCAUUCUGCAGUCCAGCACGACGUUGUAAUGUCAUUGAGCCUUCCUCAUGACCUGCCUUACAGUUGCGGCCUUAGUUUUUAUAACGAUUAUCGAAGGAUGUACAGCAUUAGAUAGUGGACAAAUUGUGAUAACGAUAUUAAGUCAAGAAAAUGCCUAUCACUCAUCUAUUGCUCAAAAAUUGAAAGUUGAUAUUAUAAAACAAUCUGCAAAAGAAAAGAAAAUUCCUUAUGUAUAUAUAGUACCGAGGGAUCUGAAUUACGUUGGUGCUUGGACUGUGAUACCGAUUCUACCUCAUCUGAAAAAACAUGCAAGCAGCGUUUCAUGGUUUUAUUUUUGUGAAGAUUCGACAGUUGUUAAUCUAAAACAGUUAAUAGCAGGAUUGGAAAAAUACAAUCCAAAAAAGAGUAUUUGGCUUGGCUAUGGGCUAUACGACCAGGGACCAAGCAUCAUCCACCAUUUUGCUUUUGCGGAAAACCCCAAAUUUUUCAAAUAUCCUCUAUUCAGUGCAGGAUUUGCAAUUUCAACCCCACUUCUCUCAAAAUUUGUUUCAACACAAAAUGUAAUAAAAUCUGAUUUCUCAAUCGAUCCUUCACACGAGCUGGCGAUGGCCAUUGGAAUGGAUUACCCUUUGAUAAAUGCUUCAAAUAUUUUUUGUGCAAAAAAAGCUGAAGAAUGUGCCUCGUAUCCAAAAUCACACUCAAUAUGUAAACCCCGACUUUCCAAAGAUAAUCUAUUUUUUGCUGUUAAAACUUAUCAUAAAUUUCACAAAGACAGAGUAAAUAUUGUUAAAAGAACUUGGGGGCAGGAAGCCACCCACAUUGAAUUUUUUAGCGAUAUCAAUGACCAGGCUGUCCCGACUACAGCUGUGGGAGUGAACAACACAGAAAGAGGGCAUUGUGCAAAAACAAUGAAAAUACUGAGUAUUGCUUUAAAUAGAGUAACCACAAAAUUAAAAGAUGUCGUUUGGAUAGUAUUAGCUGAUGAUGAUACAAUUAUAGGGAUUGAUCGUUUACUUUCUCUGCUGUCUUGUUUUUCUAUGGAUUCAGUUGUUGGAGAAAGAUACGGCUACAAUGUAAGAUCAUCAAUGGGAUACAAUUAUCCUUCAGGCGGUGGAGGUAUUGCGUUUGGUGUAGAUGUUCUCUUUGAUAUAGUUCAACACUGCAACUGUCCAGCAGUUGACAGCCCCGAUGACAUGGUCCUUGGAAUGUGCCUAUCUUCCUUAGGAAUACCGCUAAUACACUCGCCAUUAUUCCAUCAAGCAAGACCGACAGAUUACGCAGAAAGUUACCUUCAAGUUGAGAAACCAAUAUCUUUCCAUAAACAUUGGAACAUCGACCCGGUGUCGGUGUACAAGGAAUGGUUUGAAACGAAUACAAAACCUGAUUUUAUACAUGAUGAAAUGUAAAUGCAGACCCACAUUAAAUUACAAUAUAGUCCCCUAAUAAUAAAAUAAUAAUUCCCUAAUAAUAUAACCCGCCUAAUCAGAACCUAACCUAAAAUAAAAAAUGGGUCAGAAGUCUACAUUCAAUGACCGUUAAAGUUAAUAUUUAUGAGAAUUAAGGGUAAAAGUCCAUAAUAGACUCAUGUAAAUAAAUAAUAAUAAUAAAAGUGACUAGUACAAAUGUAAACAUGUAAUAAAAAGCUUUUGAAAUGCAACUAAAAUCGACGAAAAAUAAAAAGUUUUCUAACCAAAAA